UAGGCUUGAAUUGGGCAGUCCAACUUUCCCUUGCGUUUGGUCCGGGCUUGGGCCUUAGGGAUUAGGCCUGGGUUGAUCUUAAACUAGCCCAUUCUGCCCACGCCAAAGUCAUAAAACCGAGCUGUUGCUACUUGCUAGUCACGGACCAACAAUAAAGCUGGAUUGAGAAGGAGAAAGAAGUUCAGAAAUGCAGAUAAGUUCAGUCGCUCCAUUCUCCCAUCAUAAUUGUAUUCGCUGCACUACUCGGCACAGCAACCAAUUCGCAGUAGCUCCAUCUCUAAGUCCAACCACCACCACCAGGGCCGGUUCAGGACUCCUCGUUUUCUCGUCCAAGUCCAACCAUGGCAUUGGCAUUGGCAGCGAGAAGUGUCUCACCACGUCGAGCACCAGUUCUACUAAAAACCGGUUUUUAGAGGAAGUGUACUCGGCCUCCUACUCGACCAACGUCGCCACCAGCACCAACGCCGACGGCAAAAGAAGCCGAAGAAGCCAGACCCAGAAAGGAGAACAAGAAGAGAACGAUCAUAAGCCUGGGACCAGCAGCAGAAGCAAUAGCGGCGUUUCAACGAACAUGUGGUGGCAAAAUUUCAAGGCCAAUUUGGGGCAGCGCUUCAACUUAGAGGGUAUCGUUUCGUCAUCGGCGGUGGUGGCGAGGGACCAGCAUUUGGCCAUUCCGCAUCUUACUGUACCAGACAUAAGUUGGAUCGAUUGGGCUGAGUUGCAGAGGAGGGGUUUCAAGGGUGUCGUCUUCGAUAAAGACAAUACGCUUACUGCUCCUUAUUCUUCUGCUAUCUGGCCUCCUCUAGUCCCUUCGUUGCGUCUCUGCAAAUCGGUUUUUGGUGAUAAUGUUGCCAUAUUCAGCAAUUCUGCCGGGCUCUACCAGUAUGAUCGUGAUGGUUCUAAAGCAAGAACUCUUGAAGAGUCAAUCGGCAUUCACGUCAUCAGGCAUGGAUUAAGAUGGACUUUUCUGUUCAACAGUUUGGGGAAAAAGAAGCCUGCUGGAACAGCUGAAGAUAUUCAAAAAUACUUGGGCUGUGCAACCUCACUAACUGUCAUGGUGGGUGAUCGCCACUUUACAGAUAUUGUCUAUGGAAACCGGAAUGGCUUCCUGACAAUUCUAACGGAACCAUUAACUCUUGCUGAGGAGCCUUUCAUUGUUAAGCAGGUGCGGAAAUUGGAGGCUUUUCUGGUGAAAAAUUGGUGUCAGAGGGGAUUCAAGCCCAUUAAUCACAGUUUACUACCAGAAGCCACGCAAUGUAUUAAAGAUCCACCCUCAUUGUAAGAGAACAUUGUGUAUAUGCAUGUGCAAAAUCAGUUUUUGCUCGCGUUCUACACUCUCCUGAGCUGAACAAAUUAUAUUUGAAUCAAGUUUCGGGAAUAAAACCUAAAUUUCUCAAAAUGGUUUAAGUAGAAACUGUUUUGUAAAGGGUGAAAGAAGAAAAUGAAAGCUACAGAUUUGACAAUUAAAUGUUUGAUAUGAAAUUACGAAUCUUCAUCCAUGUUUAGGAUUGGCAGUGUAAGACGGUAUUCGGUGUCAGUGUCGCUUAUUUAGGCAAAGUUUCAAUCUUGGAAUUAGUAAAGCAAUUGGGUACAUG